GGCAUCUUUUAGCUGUGAGGUCUGCACGCUAAUCACUCGCCUGCCAAAAAUGCACAUUGACAUUAAUUAUAUCUCCAAAUAUAAUUACAGGAAAACAUGCAGUAAUUCAUAAUUCGAAUUAAUAUUUCGUAUAUAAAACCAUGAAUAAAUAAUUUUAAUGAAUACUGUUGCCCAUCUCUGUGUGGAGUUUGCAUGUUCUCCCCGUGCAUGCGUGGGUUUUCUCCGGGUACUCCGGUUUCCUCCCACAUUCCAAAAACAUGCAAAUUUAAUUCUAAGUAGACUCCAGCACCCCGCGCGACCUUCGUGGGGGUGAGCGGUAGAAAACGAAUGUUGAAUACUCUUGUACUAUAAUUGUAAUGAGCUCCGGAAGUACCUUGGCUGUUCCCACAAGAGCUUCCCAUCGGAGCAUAUCGACAUCACGUCAUGUUACAAAAACAAUGUAGAACUAAGCAAAACACGGCGUACACACAUAAAGAGAGCGCGGUUAAAAGCUUAACUUUUCCGGUUCGAUGGUCCGUUACCUGUUAAAGUAUGUUCGCCCAACGAACCAUGUUAGCUGAGCAAUUUGGUGGCUAGCAAACAUAGCUAAAGUUAGCUUACGCACAACAGAAUAGCGGUGACAUUAAAAAACAACACCCAGCGCAUUUGAAGGAAGACGGGGUCGCUAUUAGUUUAAAAAUUGCAAGUGCUGUACUUACCGAUGUGUUCUCGUCCAUAUAACUUGCCGUGUUUUGAUACCUUCGGGCUGUUGUUGUGUUGCCGGAAACUGUACCAUAGACCUAUCAUAACUCCACCCCUUUGGCCGCGAAGGGGGCACGUCAUGACGGUCUACGUCACCAAGCUUAAGCUCUGGACUUAAGCAUUUAUUUAUGUAAGCGAUUAAAUGAUUUUCAGAGAUUUUACAAAGUUAGUAAACUUUAUUAUUGUUAUAUUUAAUAAGGCUCUGGGUCAUUUUCUGAGUGUAGUAUUUUGUACAUCAUUCUAAUCGGUCAGAUCCUUUCGACAACCAUUUGUUUACGUUUUAUUCUGAAGCAGUGCGUUGCGGUGUGUGGAAUGCAUUGGAACAUUUUGCUCUUUAUGGAAAAGUGGUUGGCUCUUAAAAGAGCCUUUGUGGUGAAUCUACUGCAGAUUUGCAGCGAUUUCUCGGCGGAAGUUGAGAUAGAGCGCCUCAUUUCCCCUCUCGUUGAGAUGGCAACCGUCGGCAAGCAAGUCGUGGACAGAGACGUUCGAGUGCGGGAUGCGCUUCAUGCCGCGUUGUCGUAGGAAGCCGCCAAGGACUCGGUUAAUCCUUUUCCUCGCAUUGUCCAGUCCACGUCCUGUGGGUGCCGUCUGGUAACGCCAGUUCCAACGAGGCAAGAUAUCCGAAAACAUCACCACCGUGCCGGGUAGCAAGUGGAUGAUGUAGUCGAGAUCCGCCAUCAUUUUAAGGAGAAGCCGGCGGCAAUUUUGGCCGCCGAAGCCAAAACUAUUGCCACCAAGGUGUAUGAGCAGCAACUGUGGAGGUGUCGCUCCCGUUUGCAGCUUCUGGUGUAUAAAAGGCACCAGAUGUUCCCACCUCCUGCCGCCUUGUCCAUGCCAGGUGACUUGGCAAGGGAGGCCGAAAUUCGGAUCUCGGCGGUGCAGCCUGACGUGUCUUUCCAGCCGGGUCACAAUGGAGCUGCCGAUGAGCCACAACGUUGUCCUCUGCGUCCCGUUCAUCGUUAUGCCGAUAGUUGCACUUGCAGCUUAUUUAUACAGUGAGCACGCAAUGCCAUUGGCUAGUUUUCCCUCCGUUCGUCCACGUAAACAUUGUUUGGUUUAAUUCAAUUUCAAAUUACAUUCAUUCCGCCAAUAGCUGAUCGAUUGAUAGGUGAGUGAGGCACGAUUGGUCAAUUUAAAAAAUAUUGACCCGCCCAACUUUCACAUUACAUUCAAUCAGACGAUCGCUGAUAGGUUGUUUGUUUGGUGACUUAUGAUUGGUCAUUUAUCCAAAGGCGGAGCCUGACAGGUUGGUUUUGUGAGCUACGAUUGGUCAGUUCUUCCACGGUGUGGUGCACGGUGCUAUAAAUGCUGCUUCGCGUGCCCGCUUCCCCCCCCUUUCUGCUCGACCGAACAGAAAACUUUUCGAGAGAACGCUUUUUGCAUUGCCUCAGACAAAGACAAAGACAAAGGACCUAAAUUCGACGGAAACUGCAGUUUGCCAUUGUGUUGGACUUCAUCUGCUGACAUAGAGAUGCCACGAAAGAAGGGUUUCCGUAUGCGACGCACACCCAGGGCUGCCCAAGCUGUUGACUGUGCAGUUGCAACAAAAGGUAGGGAAGAAGUAUCUUCACUGUCACCAGUGGAGGUACCAACAGGUGGGUUACAAAAGGUGGUCAAAGGGUCAUUUCAUCAAGGCAAUACAAGGUUUAAGUAUGCAGGAACACAGUGUAUGGCGAUUGCCUUUUGUGCCACUGCUUUACACAGUAUUAAAAAUGUCUUGUUGUGGGAUACUGCUGAUCUUGACAUGGCUGUUGUUGAAGGCGAUCAGUUGUAUACUACACUAAGGGAACGUCACGUAAUUCGUGACACAUCCCACUUUUUUCAGUCCAUGGUUCCACUUGUAAGCCCGUUCAAAUAUCUAAAAAGGAAAAGGGCCCUGGACAAAAAAUGUAAAUAUGUCGCUGACAUGUGCAUAAGGGAGACAAAGAAACUAAUGACUAUGAAGAAUUGCAGAGAACAAGCAGUCUUUAGGCAGAGAAAGAAGAUGAGUGUUGAAAAAUAUAGAAAUUAUGUCAUUCAUAAAAAUAGAGUUAAAACAUCUAGCAUCUAUAAGUAUAGAAAUGACAGCUUGCAUCGGGACAGGGUCAAGAUGCAGAGCAUAAAAAAAUAUAAAAUGGAUACAAGGCACCGGGCCAGUGUCAAACUAGCCAGUAUGAAGAAAUAUCUCAGUAAUGUAGAACACAAAAUGCGUGUCAUUGCAGAUGUCAAGGCACGAAGGCAUGCUGCAAAGUUGCCAGAGGAAGAAUUUGAUGUUGUUGUUGAGCAGAUUUUAUAGAACGUGAAGAAUGGGCCCCAAUUUGUCUGCUGUGUGUGCCAUAGGUUGAUGUUUAAACAUCAGGUCCUGCAGUGUCACAGAGAGCAUUACAGCAGAAGUAGUGCAAGUGCUUCUCUUGUGAACACGUGCAUUAAUGAGGAGUAUUUGCACCAAUGUAAUGCAGAGUGCACAGUACCAUGUGUCUUGGUGGAGUCUGGUAGAGGGCAGCUGUGGAUUUGCUACACUUGCCAUUACAAGAUUAGCAAAGGGGAAUUCCCACCUGAAUGUGUGGCAAAUAAUUUGAGAGUGGACCCGAUUCCUCCUGAGCUGGAUUGUCUGAACAGUUUAGAGCAGCAUUUAAUUGCACUAAAUAUCCCCUUCAUGAAAAUGCUAGCAUUGCCCAAAGGGGGGCAAAAUGGUGUCCAUGGGCCUGUGACUUGUGUUCCGGCCAAUGUUGUUGAAACGACAAAUUUGUUGCCACGGUCCAAUAUGGAAGGCUCUAUGCUCCGUGUCAAGCUCAAAAGGAAGCUGACUUACAAAGGACACUAUGAGUACCAUUUUGUGGACAGCAUGCACAUUCGUGAAGCCUUAAGGUAUUUAAAAGAGUCAAAUGUGCAUUAUGAAGAUAUCGAGUACAACGAGGAGUGGGUCAAUGACUUUUGUAGGGAACCUGAUGCCUCUCAGGUGGAGGACAGUGGUCCUGCUGUAGAUGUCACACCACCUCUAGAUGCAGAAGAUGAACUUCUCCAUGAUAGACAGCAACACUGCAUGUUUCAGGACACUUGUUUAAUGCCAGUUGACAUUGGUCAGGAAGCGCUAGAUCAGUAUUACGACAAUAUAUUGAAUGUGGCUCCGGCAGAAGGCAAUAAUCCUGUGAGGUUGCUUUCUGACCAUUCGAAUGAAGCUAGAUGUUUCCCUGUGUUGUUUCCACAUGGUCGUUUCACGUUUCAUGAUACUCGAAAAUAUAGGCUGACGGCGUCGCGAUAUUUCAAUAAUCGUAUCAUGCAUGCUGAUAAGCGGUUUGGGCAGAAUGUGGAAUACAUAUUCUAUGCUCAGUACUUGUGUGAACUUGUGCAGGUGGUGUCGAGCAUUUCCAUUGCUUUAUGCAAAGGAAUUGCUGGUUUGGUGGCAAAAAUGGCCAAGGAUUUGUUGACCAACGAUGAGUCGUUAAAGACAUUGUUGGAAUGUGACCAGGGCUAUCGUUUUCUGAAGCCCAUCAGAGGCACUCCAGCCUUUUGGCAGAGUACACAGCGCAAUAUUUUGGCUUGUGUGCGUCAACUUGGUGUUCCCACGUGGUUUUGCUCUUUUUCAUCUGCUGAUUUACGGUGGAAAAACAUGUUGGACUGCAUUUUGAGAGAAGAAGAACGCAAACGGCUGCAGAGUUGGAGUGGGCUGACAGGUGUGAUAUGUUGCGACGGAAUCCUGUGACUGCUGCACGGAUGUUUGAUUUCUGGUGGCAUGUCUUGGUGAUAAUGUCUUCGAGCCAACCGAUUGGCAAAGUUGUAGACUAUUUUUACCGGGUGGAAUUUCAGCAGCGUGGUUCCCCGCAUGUACAUUGUUUGUUCUGGGUAGAGAAUGCCCCACGGAUUGACGUUAACUCGGAUGAAGAAGUCGCAAAUUUUAUUGAUAGAUAUGUUACUUGUGAAUUGCAGACACAGGAUGAAGGAUUGACAGAGACAACAGUGUCUUCUGUGCAGCAGCAUUCUAAGCGACAUUCUAAAACAUGCAAAAAGAAAAACACCGUGUGCCGUUUCGGUUUUCCCAAACCCGUGUCAGGACGAACAUUUAUUAGCCAUCAGUUUGACGGACAGGGACAAAAAACAUGUACUUGUCAGGAUAGCCAAUCAACCGGUGUUAAACAUGCACAUGUCCAAAAGCAUCCCAAAAUGCCGCAAACAUGAAAGCAGAAGACGCGUCCGCAAUUGUGACAUCCAUUAAAAAAGCGCUUGCUGACGAGAACCACGCGUAUCAAAGUGUGGAACAUUUGUUCCAUAGUCUCGGUAUAACACAAAAUACUUUUGAGUCCGCACAUCGCCGCUUGGGUCGUCGUACGGAAGUGCUAAUGAAGUGUCAAAUCAAUGAGAUUGAAUGAGCAAACCUCUGCUGAAAUGCUGGAAUGCUAAUAUGGACAUCCAGUAUGUCGUUGAUGCGUAUGCGUGCGUGGUUUAUAUAAUCUCAUAUAUUUCCAAAGCUGAGAGGGAGAUUGGAUUGCUGCUGAGUAAUGCCCAGAAAGAAGCAUCCAAACAGGCAAACGUCAGUGCCAAAGAGGCCUUAAAAAGUCUUGGCAGUGUGUACUUGCACAAUAGAGACGUGUGUGCACAAGAGGCCGUUUACCGGGUGACAAAUAUGCAUCUUAAAGAAUGCUCGCGCAAAGUAGUUUUUGUUCCAACAGGGGACAAUGUGGUCAAAAUGAGUUUGCCUUUGAGUGUUUUGCGACAAAAAGCUUCAUCAGCCGAAUUAACAACGGAAGACAUGUGGAUGACCAGCAUUUUCGACCGUUAUAAAAACAGACCAAACGACGACACGUUCAAUGACAUGUGCUUGGCACAAUUGGCUUCCGAAUACCGCAUCAUCAGCAAAAACCAAAGGUCGGCAUCCAAAAUUGAACCUAAAAACAACUACGGACAUGUGACAAAACGUACACGGACCAAACCUGCCGUAGUACGCUCUGCGCGCUUUUCAGAAACCAAAAACCCAGAGUUGUAUUAUCGUAGCCUUUUGCAGUUGUAUCUGCCAUGCCGGGUGGAUUUGCAGUUAAGACCUGCCAACUGCCCAACAUUUGAAGAGUUUUAUGACAAUGGUGCGGUCCGAUUAGAUGAUGGGUAGAUGCAUUCUGUUGGAUCCAUAGUGGAAACAAAUAAACAACAUUUCGACAACGACGGGGAUGAACUGGACAGCAUCCAAAGAUCUAUUGAUCACAGCGGUAUUGCUGAGGAUGCGUGGUGUCUGCUUUGUCCAGAACAAGAGUUGGAAAGGCUACAGUGCGAAGAAGAACGUCGGAAAAAAACAGCAGUUGGUCGAAGAAGAGGCAGAAGUAAUACCUGACUUGGCAAAUGAAAACAGAACCGCUCUAAACUUACAAAAGCAAAAGUCAAUGAGUCGAAAUGAUGGCUUGGCAUUGAUCCGCUCCCUAAAUAACACUCAAAUGGACAUUUUUUUACAAAAUUAGACAGUGGUGCCUUGAUAAAGUAGGUGGGAGAAAACCCGAGCCUUUACACUUAUUCAUCACAGGUGGUGCCGGGACAGGAAAAAGCCACCUAAUUAAAGCCAUCCAAUAUGAGGCUACCAGGUUGUUGUCAACAAUGUGUCGGCAACCGGACAAUAUUUCUGUCUGUCUGACUGCACCAACAGGGAUUGCUGCUUACAAUUUGAAUGCCACAACCAUCCACAGCACCUUGAGCAUUGGCAAGGAUACCCGUUUGCCUUACACACCACUGGGUGAGGAAACGGUGAAUUCCUUGCGUGCCAAGUUCGCGGACCUCCAAAUUUUGAUAAUCGAUGAAAUAUCAAUUGUUGAUCACAAGUUGUUGACAUACAUUCAUGGUGGUAGGUUGCGACAAAUUAAGCAAACUGGUGACUAUGCUGCAUUUGUCAACGUCAGCAUCAUCGCCGUCGGUGAUUUCUACCAGUUACCGCCAGUCAAAGGAAAGCCUCUCUAUGUCAAAGACGCCACUUUCAACUUGUGGACAAAGCUUUUCCGUGUGGUCGAACUGACAAUGAUAGUCCGUCAAAAAGAUAAUCAAUUUGCAGCAUUGCUAAAUAGACUCCGCAAACAUCCGAAAGGCGCGGCGUUGUUGGAAACAGACAUAGAACUUCUGAAACAGCGCGAAACGGGUGAGGUCAGCUCCGCGUUACAUGUGUUUCCAACCAAUCAACAAGUAAACGAGUACAACCUAAAAUCAGCUUUUCAGGAUCUGUACACAAUAAUAAAAGCUCAGGAUUACAGCCAAAACAAAAAAUCCGGUAAAUUAGAAAAAAAAAGUUGGGCACCACAGCAAAGUUUACAACACGUGUUUAGAGGAAACUCUGGACAUCGCUAAAGAUGCUCGUGUAAUGCUUUGCAAACACAUUGAUAUUGAGGACGGCUUAGUUAACAGGGUUUGUGGCACCGUCUCUGACAUUCUUUUCCAGCAGGAUGACACAUUUCACAGUAGGAUCUAUGUAAAAUUUGAUGAUGCCCAAGUAGGUAAACAAAGGCACGCACAAACUACUAAUGAGUCCGUCACGCUAAAAGACAGUACAUUUAUUCUGCCAAAGGAAGAAAAGGUAACUAAAAGUGGUGGCAUGCGUCACCAGUUCCCUCUGAAGCUCGCUUGGGCUUGCACGGUGCAUAAAGUCCAGGGUGUUACCGUGAGCAAUGCAGUUGUGUGUCUGGACAGGGUGUUCUCCGCAGGGCAGGCAUAUGUAGCCUUGAGUCGGGUCACAGGUUUAACUGGUUUGAUUAUUCAGGACUUUGAUGCAGCAAAAAUAUACUGUAAUGAUGCCAUUAAGGAUGCUGUAGGAAGGAUGUCACCAUUUUUGAGCAAAAAUGUACCACCACAACAUGUGCAACCACAAUUCACGAUUUAUUUGAUGAAUGUCCAAAAUUUGACAAAACAUGCGUCAGAUUUGGCAGCAUGUACACAGCACCUGCAGCCUAACUGCAUCGCUGUGACAGAAACGUGGCUGCCGACGGCAUGUACACCCAGCAGUGUAACCAUUCCUGGGUACCAUUUCCAUAGCCAACCACGAUGUUUGUCUUACUCCAGCAGUAACCCUGCUUUGGUAGAAUUACAAGGGCAACAGCAUGGCGGAGUUGGCAUGUACAUUGCAGACCACCUGCACUGUAGUGUUGUCUCCGCCCCAAACUUCAACUUGGAAGUUUUACUGGUGAACUGCUCCGCACCCAGUGUGUUAAUAGCAGUUGUGUAUCGACCACCCUCCUAUCCAAUGGCGUUGUUUCAAGGUCACCUUGGCACGCUGCUGGAUUGGUUGCACCAGAAGUACACCAGCGUUGUCGUACUGGGAGAUUUUAAUGAAAAUUUGUUAAAAUCUUCCACUAUCAGCACAUGGCUAGGAAAGGGUUCUGCCAGUCAGUCAAACAUCCAACCACAGAAAAGGGUACACUAAUUGACCAUGUUUAUGUCAAAACAUCACACUUUGAUGUAGAAUCGGUUGUGAUGCCCACUUAUUUCAGUAACCAUGAAGGGAUUUUGUGCUCUUUUAAACACCAAAUUUAAAAUGCACACACACACUCCACUUCAGCAUCUUAUAGUGUGUAAAAUAGGUUCAGGUUCGACCAGUGGACAAUUUACAAUCCACGAGUUUACUUGCCCACGAGAACGGUGGAUUGUAUUUGUCAAUCACUGAAUAAAAGUGAAACCACUGGCCAAAAUUAAGAUCCCAGUUUCUGUUUAGGAUGGUAACUAUUUUCCUUAUUUGUCAAACCAGAAAAUUAACAUUGUACAUAUUGUAAACAUGUACAUUUUGUGAACAUGUACAUAUUGUAAACAUGUACAUAUUGUUAAUAUGUAAAUAUUGUAACCUCUGCAUAUAUUUUAAAUAGUAUAUAUGUAUAUGUAUAUAUACAUAUUCCAUAUGUAUAUAUAUGUAUAUAUGUAAAUAGUACCUGAUGAAAUGAUCCCAGCGCUGCCUCACUCACCUGUCCUCUUGUCUUGAUAGUUACCGCAUGUCUGCCUUAAAAUUAAAUACUAAAGGGAUUCAAACCUUUUUGAACACAAAGAGUUGAUAUUUUUCUAACCAGAUUGUAUUAGUCAAUCACUGGCGCAAAAUUCAACCACUGCCCAAAAUUAAGAUUCAAAGGGAUUAAAACUAUGGACUUUUCUGAACACAUAGUUGGUAUUUUUCUUACCAGUGGACAAUUUACAAUCCACGAGUUUACUCAACCACAAGAACGGUGGAUUGUGUUUGUCAAUCACUGAUGAAAAAAUACGUUUUUUCAGACACGGUAAUGAAGACAAUGAGGGCAAUGUAAAUAUGUAAAAAUGUAAAUAAUGUAAAUAUGUGAAUACUGUGAAUGUAUAUUGUGACUAACCUCUGCUCUUGUCUUUCUAGUUGCCGCCUGUCUUCAGUUCCACGCACAUCAUCUUUAUAUUAACAUAGUAGCAGUAGAAGUGCGUGCGUAUAUUAGUUAACAUAGUAGCAGUAGAAUAGCAUAGAAGUAAAACUAAUCCCAUAAGUGCAUCAUACCAACUAUUAUAAUAGCAAUGUAGUCGUUUGCAUGCAUGUGAGGUUUCAUCAACAGGACAAGACCCCUCUGACGGUGUGAGUGUCCUCUGACAACUGCUGCAUGUGUGAAUGCUGGCUGCUUCCAGAGGAGGUCCCACCGUUGCACCUUGACAUCCACCCAUUGCUGACUGGAAAGGAUACUGGUGAUUCCGGGAACUGGUCAUCAUGGGACUGCAACUACUGAUCCUUUCCUCCACCCAUUCUUAACCCUCUGUCCUUUCUUCACCACUGUCUACCUACCAUCUCUCCGUCAUCCCUCUCAACCCAACCGGUCGAGACAGAAGGCCGCCCCAUAGAGCCUGGGUUCUGUCCAAGGUUUCUCAAAGAGUUUUUCCUUGCCUCCGUUGCCAAGUGCUUGUUUGUGUGGGGUUCAGUUGGUUCCCUCUCUCGAGCCUGUGAUUCUAGAAAACUUCCAUAUGAUGAUUUGUAUUGGCACUAUAUGAAAUAAAUU